GAGGCCUCCACUGUUCUCUGCAGCAGAAGACCCCCUGCUGCCAGAUGAUGUAUGAAUCUGGAUACAAUAUGGGAAGAGGAAAUAAGACAUGGAAUGUGGAAUUUGUACUCCUGGGCUUAUCCGCUCAGCCAGGAACUCAGAAAGGCCUUUUUGUUCUCUUUCUGAUGAUGUAUAUUGUGACCAUGGCAGGGAAUACGCUUAUCAUUCUGGUGUUAAAAAAGGACCCAUGCUUGCACACACCUAUGUAUUAUUUUCUGAGCCAUCUAUCCUUCCUGGACAUGUGCUACACCACCACCAUCAUCCCUCAAAUGCUUUCCAACUUCCUGGCAGAGCAUAAAACCAUCUCCUUCGAAGGUUGCAUGGCACAGAUGUAUAUCUCCCUGUCUCUGGGAGGAAUUGAAUUCAUCUUGCUGGCUGUCAUGGCCUAUGACCGGUACAUGGCCAUAUGCCACCCCUUGCAUUAUAACACUGUGAUGAGUUGGCGGCUCUGUAUGCAGAUGGCUGGAGGAUGUUGGCUCAGUGGCUUUGUGAAUGCCCUGGUACAGACUGUGUUCACUCUCCACUUGCCAUACUGUGGAAAGAGGAUCAUCAACCAUUUUGGCUGCGAGGUGUUGGCCGUGCAGCAGCUGGCCUGUUCUAGCACUUUUGUGGGGGAUGCCGUGAUGCUGGGAGCUGGCGUGCUCAUCCUGCUCACACCCUUCUUUCUUGUGCUGGUGUCUUAUGUGUAUAUCCUCUCAACCAUCCUUCAGAUUCGUUCAGCUGAGGGAAGGCGCAAAGCUUUUUCCACCUGCACAGCCCACCUAACUGUGGUGACCCUGUGCUAUGGAACAGCCAUCUUUGCCUACUUGCGGCCCAGGUCCCACUACUCAGCCAAGCAGGGGAAAACUGCCUCGCUGUUUUAUUGUGUUGUUACUCCCAUGCUGAACCCCAUGAUUUACAGUCUGAGGAAUCAAGAGGUAAAGGGGGCCCUGGUGAAAGUUAUUGGGGGAAAGUGCAAAAGGAGAACAUUGCUUUGCUUUUGAACUCUUAUCAUUCAUUCUCCAAAUCACAGCUGUUCCUUAAACCAGUCACAAUCAGGAGGAGGGUUAAAAGAGGAAAAGGGAUAUAUUUUCUCUCCGUUCCUUUGAAUACAAGGUUGGGGAAGGGAAAAAGAUGAGACAGGAAGCCUUUGUCUGGAUUGAACCACUUUGGACUCCUUCAAGCUGG